GCACGAUAGAUUGUUUGUUACCGGUGAAACUUUUACGUUCUUAAACGAAGAACGAGAACUCGUCGUCUCUUCAGUUUGACGAAAUCACCUUGUUUUUCUCUUUCUCACGGCCAAAAUGUGGGUGGAGGAAUUCGGAGAGGUGUUGGACAUGUUUAAGGGCAGCUGGCCCCUGACUUGGUUGUUUCUGGUGCCGGUUUUGAUCAUGAUUUCCCCGGUACAUGCAGCGCACGAGUUCAGCGCUUACCGCAUGCAGCAGUUUGAUCUUCACGGAACACAGUUUGGAUGUCGCAAUGCCCUGGUUAACAUGGAAGCACGUCCUAUCCACACGCCCGUCUUAACAAGACGAUGCAUCAUCACUAGGCUUGCUGAUCUGACAUCAGUCAGGUAUCGAGAGAUGAUGGAACAAUCGGCAGGUGGUCUGCUCGUCUUACUCCCCAAGGAUCUCAGCUCCUUACCUCAAGAUGUACUCAAGCAUUGGCUUGAGUUGGAGCCACAAAUGAUGGAACAGGAGACCACCAUGCCGGUCUACUUUGCUCAUGAAGAUGAGGAGCUGUUGGACAUUCUUGAGGAAGUCAAUAGAGCCGGCAGCUCAGAUCAAGCAGGGACAGCUGUGGAAGCUUUACUCAGUGCAGUGUAUGGCAAUGGCUUUCAGAUGGUUGUGAGUGGUCCCCAGGCUAAGGCUAUCAAAGAUGCACCAAUCAUCAGUUUGCAGGGUAAACUGACCGGCAAGGGUGUGGAGGACCAGCUGCCAACCAUCGCCAUUGUGGCUCACUACGACACCUUUGGCAUUGCACCUUAUUUAUCAUUUGGUGCCGAUUCUAACGGCAGCGGAGUAGCAGCUCUACUAGAACUCAGCAGACUUCUCUCCAAACUCUACACCAACUCCAGAACACAUGCCAAAUAUAAUUUUCUGUUUCUGUUAUCCGGCGGAGGUAAAUACAGCUACCAAGGAACAAAGAGAUGGAUUGAAGACAGCUUAGAAAGUACAGAGUCCACACUCCUUAGUGAUGUUUCCUUCGUUCUAUGCUUAGACAGUAUCGGUGCCAGUGACAACUUAUUUCUCCAUGUUUCCAAACCACCUAAAGAAGGCUCCAUUUCUCACCAAAUUUAUCAGGAAAUGGAGACGGUGUCCAAAAGCCUCUAUCCAGACGUUGACUUCAGCAUGAUACACAAGAAGAUUAAUCUAGCGGACGAUCUACUGGCCUGGGAGCAUGAGAGAUUCAGUAUGCGUAGACUACCCGCUGCAUCCGUCUCGCAUCUCAAGACACACAAAGACGAGUACAGAACAUCUAUAUUAGAUGACAGAUCCAGAGUAGAUGUGGAUGUGUUAGCUCGUAAUGUCAAGAUCAUAGCUGAGGCUUUGGGUAGACACAUCUAUGGAAUCAGCAAGAAUAGCCUGGAUAAACAGCCGGAAAUCUUUGUGGAUGGCAUGGGUAUCAACAGGGACUUCUUAGCCUCUUGGGUCGACUACUUAUCCUCCAAUCCCCGCCCAGCUCAGCUCAUGGUGUCUAAGGACCAGCCCGUCUUAUCCACCCUCGAGCAGACGCUGUCCAAGCAUCUCAUGAAGGAGGUCAAGAUGAUAUCCAUCAAAGCUGACAAGAGGGAGCCAGAGUAUAUUUUCUACGAUGGUUUGAAAUUCACCAUGUAUGCCUACAGCGUGAAGCCGGCUGUAUUUGACCUGUUCCUUGCAGCAGGAAUUGCUGGCUAUCUGGGGAUUAUCUACCUUGCUGUCAUGCAUUUCUCGACAUUCAUGGCUAUUGUCAAGCGGUACUCCGUCUCCUCUCCCAAGCACAAGGAAUCUUGAAGAACGUCGUUCAAGAGGACGUCGUUAAAAAAAUGCUCCUAUGCCAGAGCUUUUGUAUUAGAGAACUGGUUUUUUUUAUAUGAGUGAGUGUCGACUAUGUCAGUUAUUGUCAUUGUAUGUGAUUGUGUUUUGUGGACAUUUGGGUGAGGGUAAGGGAGGAGGAAGGGUAAGGUUUGGAUUGGAGGAGAAUUCCAAAAAUGUAUUAUUCAUCGUUUUUCAAAAUUGAUAUUCUUUAGAUUUGAGUCUCUAGGGUCAAGGAGACAUUAAUUGCCAAGAUAGGUUGGUACCACCGUUUGCUUGAUACUUAUUGCCAUAGACCAUUAUCGUGUUGCGGCAAUUUUGAUUUUUCCCCAUUCAAAUCAACGUAACCAAAGCGAGGCUGGAAGGAAAAACAGUCUGGUUUCUUUUUGCACAAAAAAUUAUCAUUCAGUACUGUUAUGGGAUACAGGGAACAUGACUGAAAUGGUGGCAGCAUAAUAAAGGUCUAUUAUCAGGGUUCCCACAGUCAUGGAAAAAUCCUGGAAUUUAAAGCUAUUACGGAAAGUCAUGGAAAAGUCGCAUAUUUGUUUUUAUAUAAACAAGGAGUCACAGAAAGUUGAUAUUCCUUGGAAAAAAAGUCAUGGAAAAGUCAUGAAAUCCUGCACUACCUUUACGUGAUGAUGCAUAAUGUUUGGCUGUGGCAGUCUUCGGUUUGCAUUCCAGUUUGCUAGACUUCCUCUUUAUGCAUGCAUGCUCUAUACUUGUUGCAUAUUCAAUGCACCGUUGUGAUGCUUUUGUGGUGCUCAGUGGUAUUGUGUCGAACUGGAAGGCUGCAAGGGAGUGGCGUCCCUUACCUCAGUGUGAUGACUGGCCAGUGUAUUGUAAAUAGGCUCCUAAGAUGCCAAAACAGCGUAGGAAUUGGUCUUGGAAAGCCCUAAUAUUGCCAUGGAAAAGUCGUGGAAUUUUGUUUAAGAUUUCUGUGGGAACCCUGCAUGAUUCCCUGGACCACUGAAGUAUGCAGGUUGUUGGGGAUAAUACUUGUAUCAUGUUAAAACGGCAGAAUGUAUCAGUUUGAAUUCUCUCAUUUAACACAUUACUGCCCUUCUGUUCUGAUCGAUGAAAGUAAGAAAAAUCUUUGGCCAAUGUGCUUUCGUUUUUUACCUCCUUUGUCUUUAGUUCUGAAAACAAUGCAUUAAGUAUGGGAACACUUGAAGCGUUUAUUAGUAUUAAACUCCUUAAAAGUUGAGAAAUGAGAAGAAACCUACAGUGAACAGGUGGUGUUGUUUUUUUAGUGUGAAGGUAAAUUAUAUUUUAAAAAAGAAAUCCGAGGGUAAAUAAGUAUCAAAACGAUCAUGUGCAAUUAAUUUGAAUUUACAGCAGAAAAAGUGGGGGGGGGGGGGGGGGGGCUACAAUCUGAUUUGUGAAUGGAAGACUGCAAUAGGUACUUCUUUAUUUCAAAAUACACGUAUUUGUAAUGAUGAAGAACAGUAGAAAUAGAUAUUGAAUGAUGUUUUUUUUUUACACAUGUAUGUGAAUUUUCUUCAGUGAUUUGGCAGGGGAUUCAAAUUGUUUGAAAUCAGAACCUGAAAAAGCCUGCUGCAAUUUCUGUUUUCUUCCACAAAUUAUGAUGACGAUCAAUGUUACGUUGCUAUCCUUUUGUAUCAUUUCUACUUUCAUAUUCAGACGAUUUUUGUUUGCCAUAAAUUGCAAAUGAGAUAAUGCCUAAUGUGGAUUGACGGGGUAUGGAUGAUGGAGUCUCACUGAAAUGGUUUCAAACUGCCAGCAUUUACUUAAUGGUUAUGGUGUUCGACCCACGUGCCGUGGUACGUAGGUUCGAACCUAACGGGGACAUGGUGCUUGUGUUCUUGGGCAAGAAACUUUACUACAAUUGCCUCUCUCCACCCAGGAGUAUAAAUGGGUACCUGUGAGGGUAGAGACCAGAAUGCACUGAUCUCAAGCUGUUGCAAAAACUGGACUCAUCAUGGCCUGAUGAACAGGGGUAAUAAUUGUGAAGUGCUUUGAGACCUUUGGUAUAAUAAAGCGCUACAUAUGCACCACAUUAUUACAUACUAUUGUAAUAUCAGUAUCAAAUUCUUUCUAAUAUUUAAAGGAAACCCUCCACUGAUAUAUGCAUUAUGCAAUAAUUUGUUACACUUGAUGUACAGAGUUUUGAAGAGGAACAGAAAGGGUAUUUGGUAAUUGAAUUGACCGUGUCAAGAAGUAAUAUUGAGUAACGAGGCACAGAUGUGAUUUACAAGUCAUUUGUAAUUUAUAAAUAAAAGGUAUUAAUAGGAAUGAAAUUAA